AUGGCCAUUAAGUGUUUGAUUCCUGUAUCUAACAACAGAAGAUUUACACGCAUUUAUUUGGAAAUUGAAGCAAUGAAGCAGCUGGCUCAUCAGCAUGUAUGUAAACUCUACCAAGUGCUUGAGACAGACACAAAAAUAUUCAUGGUUCUUGAAUACUGUCCUGGUGGAGAGCUAUUUGAUUAUAUAGUUGAAAGAGAUAGGCUAGAGGAGGAUGAAGCAAGAAUAUUUUUCCGCCAAAUCACAUCUGCUGUAGCAUAUGUCCACAACAUGGGAUAUGCUCAUCGAGAUCUGAAACCAGAGAAUUUGUUACUGGAUGAUGAUCAGCAGUUAAAGUUGAUUGACUUUGGACUUUGUGCCAACCCAACUGGUGGUCUGGAUCAGCAUUUAGCAACUUGUUGCGGCUCUCCUGCAUAUGCUGCCCCUGAACUUGUAUCUGGACGAUUCUACUUAGGCAUGUAUAAAACAUGUUUCUCCAAAUAAAAUUCUACUUUGGCAGCAUUCUAGUUUGUCUGAAAUGCUUUGCCUAACUACGAAUUUUUCCAUGUAAGAA